UAUCAAUCCAAACAACGAUUAGUUCUUUAGUGAUAAUCGGAAUUUUGAUAAAUGCCAAUAAAAUUAAUCAUUUGAUCUAUAUUCAAAGGACGGACGGAUUUUACCGAAAUUUUAAUCGUGUUGUGGUUAACACUUAAUGGAGGACAUUUCUUUAAUCAGAAAUGUCCAAGACAACAUUAUUUAGUUUGGUGCUAUUCCUGGCUUUUGCCAGAGGUGAUUUUCACCAAUUCGCUUGGGGCCAACCCUAUUGGGUGUUUGAUAUACCAGAAAUGCCCGAAGUAAUUACAAGGGGCGGUGAACAAGCAUACAGACUGCCAAAAACUGUUGUACCUAUUAUAUAUGACAUAUAUAUUCAUCUGUUUUUUGAUGAAAACGAGGAUAGCCCGUUCACAUAUGACGGAUGGGAGUCAAUUAUUAUACAAGCAACCGCCCCGAAUGUUACCCAUAUAAUACUACAUUCAAACGUAGACUUUAUCAAACGGUUAAAUCUAUACAACGAACAAGGUUCACCGGUCCGCCUUAAUCCUAUACUCCCAUUCCAAACGGAACCUUCAUACCAUUUCUUAAUAAUCAACCUAUUAUCACCUCUUAUAGUUGGUGUUAAUUACACAUUACAUAUAGGUUACUCUGGUUCUAUAAACGAAGGACCAAUGAAAAAAGGUAUAUGGAGAGGAUGGUACAUUGAUGAUGAGGGCAACGAAAGAAUAUACGUCACAACUCAUUUCCAACCCUACAUGACAAGACAAGCUUUCCCAUGCUGGGAUGAACCUGAAUUCAAGGCCGCCUUCAGACUCCAUCUUUCGGCACCAAGAUCAUAUCGUGGAACUUUCUCCAACACUGGAGUUGAAUAUUUCAACUUCAUCGGAACUGAUCGAAUCAUAGAGCAUUUCCGUCUCACGCCGAAGAUGUCUCCGUACCUUGUCACUUUCUUGGUAAGCGAGACAUUUCAAGUGAUCGCGGAGAAUUCAUCCUUCACUCCUCCAAUCAGGAUCAUCGGAAGAUCCAAUAUAGCCGGUCUGGGCGAUCAUGCUUUAGACCUGGUUGUAAAGAUGACCACGUUUUACGAUGAAUACUUCCAAAUGCCAUACUCGACGUUACAUGAAAAUCUGACGAAUGACCACGUUAUAUCACCUGAUUGGGAAUCCGCCGGUACUGAAAACUGGGGCAUGGUCAGUUAUAGAGAAUUGUUCAUGAUAAUAGAUCCACGGGAGACCAUCAUGUCCACAGAACAAUACUCAGCCACGCUCGCAUCCCACGAACUUGCCCACAUCUGGUUUGGCAACCUUGUCACUUGCCAAUGGUGGAACAACACCUGGAUGAAUGAGGGCUUCGCCAGUUACUUCGGGUAUAUUGGUGCUAAUGAAAUGUUCCCAGAGUACCGUCUAGACGAACAGUUCAACUCUCGGUACCUCAAAAACACUCUGGAUUUCGAUUCCCGUACUUGGAGUUCCCCAUUGAACCACGCCGUCUACACCCCAGAGCAGGUGACCAACAAUUUUGGCACCAUCAGUUACUCUAAAGGUGCUGUUUUUGUUAGAAUGACCGCUGACAUCAUCACACAGGAGACCUUCAGGAAAGCCUGCCGGUACUUCUUGGAGAGAAACAAAUUUAAGCCCGCCGAUCAAUACGACUUGUUAAAUGCUUUCUCUGAUGCCAUCACUGAGGAUAAUAGCUUAAGUAUAUAUCAGCACUUCAACUUUACCGAAUACUAUCGCGUUUGGGUCAAUGAACCUGGAUAUCCUAUACUCAACGUUAACGUCAAUCAUGUUACUGGUGAAAUGGCUUUACAUCAGCAACGCUUUUUCAUCAGUGCCAAUACUAAAACCACAGGUCGCAUUUACCCCAUACCUAUCACCUAUUCUACCGCAAGAAGUGCUGAUUUUGAGAAUAUAAGACCAAUUUACAUGAUGUCAUCAGAGAGGGCAGUUUUAAACAAGACCGCUGGCGAAGAAUGGGUCAUUUUCAACCAUCUUCAGCACGGACUCUACAGAGUUAACUAUGACGACAGAACUUGGGAUUUGAUCGCGGAAGCUUUACGGGACACACCAAUUCACCACUUAAAUCGAGCUCAAAUAGUUGAAGAUGUUUUUGCCCUUAUGCGGUCUGGCAGAAUGACCCAUAGCAAAGGAUUUUACAUCCUGCAAUUCCUUCAAGCGGAAAUCAACUAUCACGUUUGGUAUGUGGCAAUUAACGGGUACUCAUGGCUAAGGGAAAGACUUGGACACUUGCCAGAGAGCCUAGCUGAAUUCGAUUCCUAUAUACUCGGCUACAUGCAAAACGUCAUUGAAGCUGUAGAUUUUGAACCAAGCACUAAUGAAGAACCUACCGUAAGCCUCACGAGACAAGAAGUCUUGCAGUUUGCAUGUGCCCUUGGACAUAAGGCGUGUGUUGAGGACUCCAUAUCAAGAUUUCUUGCAAUGAGAAAUGGCACAUGGAUAGACCCCAGAAUCCGUAAGAAUGUCUACAUGACGGGUAUUCGUCACGGGAGCACUGAAGACUUCGAUUUCCUCAUGAACAGACUGCUAAAUUCUAACUACGCGAAUGAUCAAUCCGAAAUGCUAAGAGGGUUAGCAUCUACCACAUCUCCGCAACUUUUGUUGAGAUAUCUGAAUUUUACACUGACUCGAGAUGUAAGAUCUCACGAUAAAUUCAACGCUUUCGGUUACGCUCUAGUUGGCGACCAAGAGAGCGCAUUGACUGUGUUAGAGUUUGUCAAAAACAAUAUUGAUGCUAUAAGAGUCGAAUACAUUGAAGAUGCCCCACUAAAACCUGUGCAUAAAGCAUUAGAAUACCUUGCAGAACACUUAAACGAGAAAGGUUUAAAUGAUUACGAGAACUGGCUCCGAACAACGCAGUCCAAAUCUCUCCAAUACGGUUCAGCUUUAUCAUCUAUAGCCAUGGCAAGAGGCAACUUAGCUUGGGGAACUGCCAACGCUGAAGACAUUUUAACAGCGGCUCGCGGCGGCGCUGUAACAGUUGCAACAUCAAUCACUUUGUUGAUUGUUAUGGCUUUUAUAUCAACUGUCGUGUGAUAAUUUCACAAGUUAUCAUAUUUGGUAUUAAAAUCUUUAAAAGAA